CAACAAUCGGGAUUCCGCUUCCGGUGUGGGCGGAGCUAGGAGGGAAACGCGGGAAAGAGGGGGAAGUUGACACCUCCUUCCACCUCGGUCAGGAAAAGAAGCCUCGGCGCGAGUUCUCUAUCAGAUCUGGACUGUGAAUAUGCUCCCAACUUGACUGAGCCAUGAAUCUUGCACUCCAUGACCUGUUGACUUGCUGCCGUCAACUUGACAGUGACAAGGCCACAGAACGAAAGAAGGAAAUUGAAAAGUUCAAACGUCUUCUCCGUGACUCUGAAAUAAUUCAGCAGUUGGACCAGAACUCUGAUUCCAAACAUGGAAAGCAGCUUAACUGGGAUACUGUAUUCAGAUUUUUGCAGAAGUACAUUCACAAAGAAACUGAAAGUGCCAGGCUUGCAAAGCCAAAUGUGUCUGCAUCAACACAAGCAACAAGACAAAAAAAGAUGCAGGAAACCAGCAGUCUGGCCAAAAAUUUCAUCAGAUGUGCCAAUAAAAGAGCACCCAGGUUAAAGUGUCAGGACCUUUUGAUGUAUUUCACGAACACAGUAAAUGAUCCAUCAAGUUAUGCUAUUUAUGGAGCAGACUGUAGUAGCAUAUUGCUAAAAAAUAUUCUUGCGGUGAGGAAAUACUGGUGUGAAAUAUCUUCGCAACAGUGGUCAGAUCUCCAGAAUUUGUACUUCAGAUUGUUCCUCAGCCCAUCCAGAGACAUUAACAAGGUUGUGGUGGCUAGAAUAAUUUACACACUCACCAGAGGAUUGUGCUUCCAAACUGAUGGGCUAAAUUCUAAUAUUUUUAACUUCUUUUCAAAAGCUAUGCAAUACGCAAGACAAGAAAGAAACCCUGUGGCUCUUGAAUAUAUUUUUGCUACCAUGAAUGUAUUUUUCAAUGUGUUUGCCAUGAAUUACCGUUUCCGAGUUUGUAAGCUGGGAGAGGAGAUUCUGCCUACUGUGCUUCGUAUAUGGGCUCAGCAUAAACCAAACAAGUCCCUGAAGGAGCAAAUCAUUCGAUUAGUUCAGCUUCAAGUCCAUGUUCAUCAUCCAAAUAGAGCUAAAAGCCAAGAAGAAGGAGUCUGUAACUCGGUGGCAUGGCAAGGCAUUUUAUAUAACCUCUAUGAUCUGUUAUCUAAUGAGGUGACUGUCUAUAGCAACAGAGGAAAAUAUUCUGCAGGCUCGCGCAGUGUUGCUGUGAAAGAAAACCUUGUUGAGUUAUUUGCUGAUAUUUGUCAUCAGCUCUUUACAGAAGGCACAAAAGUUUUGGAGAUAAGUCAGUGGCAUGCUGUUACACAGAGAGAGAGUGGAGAUGGAGAAGGGCCAUCCAAACGAAGGAGAAUUGAAUUGGGUUGGGAAGUGAUUCGUGACAACCUGCAAAGAUCACAGAAGGACUGUGAUGUUGUUCCCUGGCUGCAGAUUGCAACCAGAUUAUUAUCGAAGUAUCCGACAAGCUUUCCUCAGCAUGAGUUGCUUCUCCUACUCAACAUACUUUACCAGCUACUGCCUCAGCAGCGUCGAGGGGAAAGGACACUUUAUGUCUUAAGAUGUCUCAAAGAGGUUGCACUUUGUCAAGGCCAAAUAAUACAUCUGAAAAGCAGUAAUAGAUUAGAGCUGCAGAGAACAUGGUCAAAAAUUUGGUCUCUUGUGGUUCGUAGCAUAAGUCUUCAGCAAAUUGAAGUAGAAAGUUUUGGAUUACUUGGAGCCAUGAUUCAAGAAAACACAAAAACAAUGGACAGAGAAUUGUGGAAGAUAUUUUCGGGAUCUUCAUGCAAGCCUUCAAGAUCUGCAGCACAGUUCCUGACAAUAGCACUUAAAACUUCAGAACUGCCAGAAAUUUUGAAAAGUGGGACAGCACAGAAUAAUUGGGAAGGAAGUACGGCUCUUACAUUAAAAGAAGAAAUUAUGAAGUGGCUUCUGUUCUGCCAUGUGGAGGAAGAUACAGAGGAUACUAUGGAGCUGCCUCCUAUUCUAUGCAGUGACUUUCCUAAAUUAGAGUUGCAGAAAAUCCUUGUAAGCCUCACUAUGAAAAAUAGUCGCUCAGCCAUGAAUUUUUUUCACAGUGCUUCUGAAUGUUUGCAGCAUACACCAGAAAAAGAAGUCAGUCUUUCAGAAACAGAAGCAUUCUACACACAAACAAUUUGUGAUGAAAUUGAUGUAUUUACAAACAUGACAAACGAGAAAUUGGAAAGCAAACCCUCUAGUUCCAGACUGAUUGUCAGCCAGAAACAUCGGCAGGCCUUAGAGCAUGAUCUCAUGGUGAUGUCAGAAAAACUUCUUAGUAGCUUUUCGCUUGAGGGUACGUCUGCAGAAAUCCUGGUACGUUGUAGUGGCCUCUUGACUGGAGUUCUUGGCUGCUAUUGCUAUGCUGGUGUCCUCACAGCAGAAGAAGCACGUAAAUCAGAGCUUUUUCACAAAGCCAAGUCUCUUAUUCAUUGCAUAGGAGAAAGCAUUUCUCAGUCUAAAAACAAACUAAAUGAAGAUUCCAGAACCAGUUCAAUGAAGAAUUUGAUAAUGCAGUGUGCUAGUUGUUUAUGUAAUUGUAAUCAGAACAGCCCCCAAAAUAGUAUGUCGGACAUUUGGUUGCAUUUGUUAACAUCAAAGAUGAUGAAUGAUCUUACAGAUAUUUGCAAACAUCUGAUGGCUUUUACCACAAAAGCAAAUGAAAUUGGAGAAGUGGACGUAAUGGAAGAAGAUCCUGAAGAGAGUAGAAUGGAAGAAGACCAAGCAGUCUUGGAUCUGUUUGAUGAUGACUCUGCUGCAGCUGGUGAUGCAAAUGAGAACAAAGAAUUGCAGAACUUGGCUGGUGCUGUAAGCCCAUUAUCAGAAGAACAUCUGACUAAGCAGGACUUGCUGCUCCUUGACAUUUUAAAGUUCUUAUGUAUUGCUGUCACAGCAACUUCAGGACAAAUAGUUUGCUUUAGAGUUUCUGAAAUUCGAAGGAAACUCUUAAUGCUAAUAGAGGGAAAUACAUUUGAUUAUACAAAACCACUUCAUCUCCAUAUGUACUUGAUUUUGUUGAAGGAACUCCCAAGUGAAGAAAAUCCCUUACUAGAGGAUCAGAUUGUAUCACUUCUCAGUCCUCUUACGGAUGUCUGUUCCUUUUAUCGUCGAGAUCAAGAGGUUUGCUCAGCAAUUCUCCACAAUCUUCUUCCCAUGGUGACUGCCUUGGGCAUUGCCACGACAAAUACUGAAGAUUUAAGUAGAGCCCAAGGUUCAUUUUUAACUGUUAUAGGGGCAUUCUGGCAUUUAGCAAGUGAAAGAAAAUAUACUGCUCCAGUAAGAAUAGCCUUAGUGAAUUGUAUGAAAGCCUUACUUCAGGUUGAUCCGUAUUCAAAAUGGACCAUGCUCAAUGUUAAACAUCAAAAUCUGACAGUGCAUGAUGCUUUCUCUAACUUCCUUGCUGACAGCAACUUUCAAGUUUGCAUGGUUGCUGCAAAAUCAGUAACCAGUUUGUUCCAAGAUGAAAAACAGAGAGAUUCUAUUGGUUUACUGAAACCUCUGAAACCUCUUCCUCUGAAGAUCCAGCAAAGGGCAUUUGACAAUUUGUACAUAAAAGUUCAAGAUGGAACAAAGAAACUGGCAACUGGCACUGUGUGUCAAGAGAAUCUUCCUGAUGAAGAACGUAAUAGAAAAUUAGUUCUCCUUACAUUGCUAACAAUGAUUUUACGCUGCAGUCCUGUGUGUGAAAAAAAAGCAUUGUUUGCAAUUUUCCAGUGUGUCAAAGAGAAUGGAUUAGAGCCUCAGCUUGUAAGAAAGGUUUUAGAAAGAAUUUCUGGCACUUCUGGCUAUAAAAAUGCAGAGGAUUUUAUGAAUACCCACUUAGAUUAUCUUGUUCAAGAAUGGUUGAACUGCGGCUAUAGCCUUUCACUUUUCCCUUAUGCUUUAUUGAAUUACUCUGAUUUAGAGGAAUUCUACAGAUCCUGCUACAAAAUGUUGAUUCCGCAACUGGUAAUCAGAAAUCAGUUUGAAGAGGUCAAAUGCAUUGCUGACAAGAUCAAAAGAGAAGGGAAGCAGCUUCUGGCACACUGCUUUCCCAAGAUCCUUGUGAAUAUUCUCCCUUACUUUGCCUACCAGAAUCAUGAAGAUGAUGAAUUUGCAGAAAAGAGACAGAGAGCUUCUAAAGUCUAUGAAACACUGAAAAGUGAAUGCUGCUUAGGAAGACAACUGAUAGAAAAUCUAUUUCAUAGCAAUCUGCCAGAGAUUGUGGUAGAGAUAUUGAUGACCCUGCAUGAACCAGUUGAUAUCAAGGCAGGGGAAGAAUGUGAUUUAAAGAGAUUUGCUGGAGAUCUGGAUCCUUCUCCAAAUCCUCCUUAUUUCCCAUCAUACGUCAUCAAAACAACAUUGGAUUACAUUAGCAAUUGCUGUAAAACAAAGUCAAAAGAACUUGUAGCAGUUCUUUCCAAAAACCCUGAGUCAUUCCAGAAGAUCUUAUUUGACAUAUGUAGGCAAGCAUCUGAAACAAAUAAUAUUUACAAAAAACAUAGGAUUCUUAUGGUGUAUCACUUUUUUGUAAAUUUGUUACUGAAAGAAAUAAAAGAUGGUCUUGGAGGCGCAUGGGCUUUUGUGCUUCGGGAUGUAAUUUAUACUAUGAUUCAUCACAUCAAUAAGAGAUCAAUACCACUCAGAGGGAUAUUCCUUCGGAAUUUUUUGCUAUGUUUAGAUCUUCUCAAUCACAUUUGCCACAUAACAGUUAAAUAUUGUCGCGAUGCCCUAGGGACUCACCUCCAUGUUAUUGUGGGUACACUUGUGCCUAUUGUGGAAGAGCAACCUGAAGCCCAAGAAGAGAUCUUGAGCUUACUGAGAUAUCUGGUAAUAGAUAAUAAGGACAAUGAAAAUCUGUACCAGGCAAUGAAACAUCUAGAUCCUUUUCCUGACCAUCCUGCUUUCAAAGAACUGCGAGCUGUUCAGCAACAAAUAAAAUACAGCAAAGGGGAAUUUUCUCUUUUGGAGGAAAUAAACCACUUCCUUUCUAUAAAUAUCUCUGAUUCAUUAUCAUUAACCAGACGGGAAGGUUUAAGUGAUUUGCGCAAACGACUGGAAAAGCAUAAGGAACAAAUGAAAAGCCUUAUGAAAGAGUUUCAGGAAAAUCCAAAGGACUGUGUAAUAGUGAAGCUUGUGGUAUGUCUUUUACAACUUUCAAAAACAGCUAUAAACUCUUCAGAUACAAUCUUGGAGGCAGUUGGGAGUUGUUUGGGAGAAAUUGGCCCCAUCAGUUUUUCUACCACAGCUUUACAACACAAUAAAAACAUGUCCUGCUUAAGUGCAGCCGAUCUCUUUGAAGACAGGGAACUUCAGUGGGUCUUCAUCAUGUUAACUCUCAUAAAUAAUGCUUUAAUAGAUCAGUGCAUUGAAGUUAGAUCUGCUGCUGCUUCUUGUUUGAAAAACAUUUUAGCCACCAAAACUGGUCAUGAAUUCUGGGAGAUUUACAAAGCCGAAGACGAUCCCAUGCUGGUUUACCUCCAUCCUUUCAGAACGUCUAAGAAAAAGGUAUUGGAAGUAUCUCAUAAAACACAAGGUACUCUUUCAGAAGAUCUGGACAGUGCAAAUCUCUGGAUUCCUCAGAGUGAAAACCAUGCUGUUUGGAUUAAGACUUUGACUUGUGCACUUUUGGAUAGUGAAGGUGUAAAAAGUGAAACUCUUCUGUUGUUGAAACCCUUGUGUGAGGUUCAAACAGAUUUUUGUCAGACUGUACUUCCAUACCUUAUUCAUGACAUCCUGUUACAUGACUCAAAUGAAUCUGGGCAGACUCUUUUGUCCACACAUAUUCAGACAUUUUUCAGCACUUGUUGCAAAUACGCAUUUCCCUCCAGUAGGACAUCGACGCCUGCAUGUUCGGAUCCAGAUUCAGAACCGCUUGCUAAUGGCAGUUUGGAUAAAAUAUCUCGAAGAACAAUGCUUGCUAUAGUUGACUACUUAAGACGACAAAAGAAAAAUCCUUCAAGUACCGUCUUUGAUGACAGCUUUUGGCUGGAUUUAAAUUACCUUCAGGUUGCCAUGGCAGCCCAGUCUUGUGCUGCUCAUUUCACAGCUUUACUGUAUGCAGAAAUCUAUGCUGACAAGAUAAACCAGGACAAGCAGCAAGAACGGUCUGCUUCCAAACCAGCUAGAUGUCUAGCAUUUGAAGAAGAAAGUCAAAACGAAACUCUUACUUGUUUGAGCAACAAGAGUAAAGAAGACACUGGAAUAAGUUUGCAGGAUCUUCUCAUGGAGAUUUACAGAAGCAUAGGAGAACCGGACAGUAUCUAUGGCUGUGGUGGAGGGAGAAUGUUGCAGCCAUUAGCUAGAAUAAGAACAUAUGAACAUGAAGCAGUGUGGGGGAAAGCCCUGGUGACUUACGAUAUUGAAACAGGCCUUCCACCAUCAACUCGACAGGCAGGAAUAAUGGAGGCCUUGCAAAAUUUUGGACUAUAUGAUACACUCUCAAUCUAUUUAAAAGGACUGGAACAGGAAAAUGAAGAAAGUACUAUGGAAUUACAAGAACUACGUUAUCAGGCAGCAUGGAGAAAUAUGCAGUGGGAUCACAUUUCUUCAGUCAAAGAUGAAAUGGGAGGACGAGGCUAUCACGAAUCACUGUAUGAUACUCUGCAGUGUUUAAAGGACAAGGAAUUCUCUACAUUUCAUGACAGAUUGAAGUGUGCUAGAGUGAAGGAAGUAGAAGAGCUGUCUAAAGGUAGCCUUGAGUCUGUAUAUUCAUUGCUGCCUGCACUCUGUAGACUGCAGACCAUUGGAGAGUUGGAAUGCAUAGGACAACUUUUCACCGGAUCAGUUUCUAACAGUGAACUGAAUAACAUAUAUCUGAAGUGGCAGAGGCAGUCCCGGCUUCUUCAGGACAGUGACUUUAGUUUCCAAGAACCAAUCAUGGCUUUGCGCACAGUAAUUUUGAACAUCCUUCUGGAGAAGGAAAUGGACAAUACGAAAAGGGAAUGUAUUAAGGACAUCCUCACCAGACAUCUUGUGGAGUUGUCCAGAUUGGGUCGAAUGGCAAACAACACACAACUUCCAGAAAGAGCAAUAUUUCAAAUCAAGCAGUAUAACCCAACGAGACACAGGAUAUCUGAAUGGCAACUAGAAGAAGCUCAGGUGUUCUGGGCUAAAAAGGAGCAAAGCUUAGCACUAAAUAUUCUAAAGGAGAUGAUUAAAAAAUUGGAUGACGAUUGGACUAAGGUUGAAAAAGAUGCAAACUUGAGACUGAUUUACACUGAGUGUCUCAGGCUAUGUGGAAGCUGGUUGGCAGAGACUUGCUUAGAAAAUCCUACAGUUAUUAUGAGAAAUUACUUGGAAAAGGCUAUAGAAGUUGCAGGGAGCCAAAAGGGUGACAGCAGUGAUGAGCAGAAGAGUGGGAAAAUGAAGGCUUUUCUAUCUCUGGCUCGUUUUUCGGACACUCAGUAUCAAAGAAUUGAAAAUUAUAUGAAAUCAUCAGAGUUUGAAAACAAGCAAGCUUUACUGAGGAAAGCCAAAGAGGAAGUUGGUCUUCUAAGAGAACAUAAGGUGCAAACAAACAGAUAUACAGUUAAAGUUCAACGGGAGUUGGAGCUUGAUGAAUGUGCAAUCCGUGCGCUGGCAGAAGAUCGUAAACGUUUCUUGUGCAAAGCUAUUGAGAACUACAUAAACUGUUUGCUGAGUGGAGAAGAGCAUGACAUGUGGAUUUUCAGACUCUGUUCCCUGUGGCUUGAGAACUCUGGGAUUUCUGAAGUCAAUGGCAUGAUUCAAAAGGAGGCAAAGAAAAUACCAUCCUACAAAUUCCUGCCUCUGAUGUAUCAACUAGCUGCUCGAAUGGGAACCAAGAUUGGAUUUCAUCAAGUUUUGAAUAAUCUUAUAGCUCGAAUCUCUCUAGACCAUCCACAUCACACUUUGUUUAUAAUCUUGGCAUUGGCAAAUGCCAACAAAGAUGAACUCCUGACAAAGCAAGAAGCAGCUAGAAGAAGUGGUCUAACAAAAAACACACCCAAAGAAACUUCCCUGCUUGACAUGGAUCGAAUAAAGGCUGCUAGCAGUAUUAUUAACAUUGUGAAACACAGAAGAACUGAUAUGGUGGCAAAAGUUGAAACCCUUUGUGAUGCUUAUAUCACUUUAGCAAACAUGGAUGCAAGUCGCUGGAAAUCACAAAAAGGAGGUAUAAAUAUCCCUUCUGAUCAACCUAUUACAAAAUUAAAAGAUCUCGAAGAUGUUGUUGUACCUACCAUUGAAAUUAAGGUGGAUCCAAGUGGAAAAUAUGAAAAUUUGGUUACAAUAAGGUCCUUCAAGACGCAAUUUCAUUUGGCCGGUGGUCUUAAUCUACCAAAAAUAAUAGAUUGUGUGGGAUCAGAUGGGAUUGAGAGGAGGCAGCUUGUCAAGGGCCGUGAUGACCUGAGGCAGGAUGCUGUUAUGCAGCAGGUUUUCCAGAUGUGCAAUACCCUGCUCCAGGAAAACACCGAAACUAGAAAGAGAAAAUUGACUAUCCGCAGAUACAAGGUGGUCCCCCUCUCUCAGAGAAGCGGUGUCUUAGAGUGGUGUUCAGGGACAAUUCCCUUGGGUGACUUUCUUGUCAAUACUGACAGAAGUGCUCACAAGCGAUACAGACCAAAGGACUAUAGUAACUUAGACUGCCAAAGCAAAAUGGUGCAAGCACAAAAGAAAAGUUUUGAAGAGAAAUAUGCCAUCUUCAUUGAUGUAUGCCAGAAGUUUCAACCUGUAUUUCGCUAUUUCUGUAUGGAGAAAUUUCUGGAUCCAGCAGUGUGGUUUGAGAAACGUUUGGCAUAUACUCGCAGUGUUGCCACUUCAUCAAUAGUUGGCUACAUACUUGGUCUUGGAGACAGACAUGUACAGAAUAUUCUGUUAGAUGAGCAAAGUGCAGAGCUUGUUCACAUUGAUCUAGGUGUUGCUUUUGAGCAGGGCAAAAUCCUUCCUACCCCAGAAACUGUGCCAUUUAGGCUAACAAGAGAUAUAGUAGAUGGGAUGGGAAUCACUGGCGUAGAGGGAGUCUUCAGGAGAUGCUGUGAAAAAACUAUGGCUGUUAUGCGCAACUCCCAAGAAGCUUUACUAACUAUUGUAGAAGUACUUCUCUAUGACCCCCUUUUUGACUGGACCAUGAACCCUUUAAAAGCCUUGUAUUUGCAGCAAAGGCCAGAGGAUGAGGCCGAUGUUGGCUCCAGCCUCAAUGCUGCUGAUCAAAGUUGCAGCAAAAAAGCAAAUGGUGAUAACCAGACAUUUAAUAAAGUGGCAGAGCGGGUCUUGAUGCGACUCCAGGAGAAACUCAAAGGAGUGGAGGAGGGGACCGUGCUCAGUGUGGGAGGCCAGGUGAAUCUUCUCAUUCAGCAAGCUAUGGACCCAAAGAAUCUCAGCCGCCUCUUCCCAGGAUGGAAAGCAUGGGUCUGAAAAUAUGUGCUUGGUUUUAAAAAGCAAAAAGCGAACAGGUCUAGUUUUGGGAAAAUGAAUGUAUCCCAUAUUUCACAUUUUAAUGGUUCAUGGAGAAAAUAAGUGCCAUGUAACAGUCACUGAACUUUCUUCUGUCUCCCUUCCCCCAUAGCCUCCUGUAACCCUAAAAAUAUCUCUGAGCAGUUUGCCAACCUUCAAGAGCUGAUUUUGGGGUGUAUAAUCUAACCAGUAUGCAUAAUAAUGUAGGUGUUCUUUUUUUAAAAAAAACUAAAGAACUAAAGAAUUCAAAUAGAAGUUUUACUAUAAAAUGGCAUGACUCCUACCAUGUCCAUAAUUUCUUGAAACCUGUUCUUUCUAAUUAAAAUACUGGUCCGCGUCCAUUUCAUUAUUUCUUUUAAAUUAAAUCAGUCUAAUUUUAAUGUUUUAAAUAACAUAAUACAGGGGGAUGUGUAUAAUUGUUCAAAUGAAAGGAAUAAAUUUGUUCAGAUACUUGUA